UGUCUUCCAGGGCAAAAAGAAGAGUUUUUCAACUGGGUGUGUUCACCAAACUAAAGCGUACACAGUAGCUACUAUACAUGCAUCUGUCUAGUGGUUCGAAUGGAUUCUCGACCCUUUAACUUUUACCUUUCACUAUGUUUUCAUGUUGUAGGGUUGUGUUAUGGAAACGGUUUGUUACCAGCAGAAUCCAUGGUCGGGGAGGUUACACACGAUGUGACAUUCACAAUCGUUAAUCCACCAAACGUACCAUUUAGGGUAGUAGUCUGGACAGCUAAUGGUACUAAUGUAAUAACCAGUGGGGGCAACGGGGAUGACGAUAUAGACACUGGAUAUGUAGGAAGAAUCACUCUGAACUAUACUACUGGAUCUCUGGAACUCAGGAAUCUAGUCCUGAGUGACACGGGAGAAUAUGUAGUCUCUAUAAUAACAGUUGGACUUGGAACAAUGGAUGGUUCUACUACAUUGAGGGUGUAUGCGCCAGUCUCCAAGAUGACAAUAACUGCCAACAACAUAGACUUAGUGGAGUUCAACAGCUCUGUCAGUCUGUCCUGCUCCUCCUCUGGCUCCUCCCUCUCUUACCGCUGGCUGAAUGGCAGCUCAGAGUUCACAGCCAGUGAUGGAGUUCAGCUUGAUGAUGGAAACAGCACUCUCACCAUAGUCAGAGUGACCCGGUAUGACCAGGGGCCGUUCUGGUGUAUUGUCUCCAACCCCAUCAACAGUGACAAUGAGAGUAUAACCCUCACCAUCAGCUAUGGUCCAGAAAACAUAACAUUGAAGGUGACCCCUCUAGAUGUACUGUAUGGAUCAGGGUCAGACCUCACUCUGUCCUGCUCAGCUGAGUCCAGUCCUCCUGCCCAGUUUCAGUGGGCUCUGAAUGGAGAACUGCUGUCCAAUCAGGGACCAGUACUCAGGCUGGAGAACAUCCAGGCCAGUCAGAGUGGUAGGUACAGCUGCUGGGCCCAUAAUACCAGAACCCUGAGGUACCAGACAUCUGAGCCCUCUGACAUCACUGUGCUGGAAAGAAUAUCUAGUGCUAAACUCACAAUUUCCCCAAACCCUCCAAUCAUCGAAGGGGGUUCUGUCACCUUAACCUGUGAUGCUUCUGGCUCCAUCAGCAAGAGAGACUGGAUGAAGGAUGGUCAGCCUCUGUCUCCUAGUGAAAGAAUGAUCUUCUCUGAGGAUAAUAAGACCGUUUCUAUCAGUCCUUUGAAUUUAACAGAUUCUGGAAUAUUCCUGUGUCAUCUCGCCAACCUUCUCAGCAAUGAGAAUGCAUCUUACAAUCUCAAUGUUAAUUUGAAGGGAUCAACACAAGGUGGACCGAAUGUUGGUGCCAUCGUUGGUGGUACUUUGGGUGCAGUAGCUGUGGUUGCAGUGACAGUGAUAGGUGUGGUGGCAGCUAUGAAAAAGGGCUACUUCAAGAAAAUAACUUCCGGUGGAAGGACAGUUGGCAACACAGGUGAAAGCUCUACUAAUGGAGGGGGGAAAGGAGGAAACCAGGAGCUGAACUAUGCAGACAUCACGCAAUUCCAGAAGAGGGAUGGUGGGUCAGUUCAGCUGGGGAACCUGGGUAUUUCCUCCACAGAGUACGCUCAGGUCAGAGUCAACAACAGGCCCGGUCAGCCGACCUAACCCACCUACCCGGCCCACCAAUCCCAGUACACCCAGGUGAAAAAACCUGCCCAUAAGCCUGCCCCUGAUGCUGCAUCCACCGUCUACUCAGACGUCCGAAGGAACUGACCACCCCUCCCUGUCAAUCAUCUGGACCAGUUGGGGUCAGUCAGGGUGACUAGGCCUGUUCAGACAUGGUCAGUGAAGCCCCACAACCUUCUCUGUGUCAAUGUGCCAACCAAACAUUUUCUAAUAAUGUAUCCCUUAUUAGGCCUGGAGCUCCUUGGACAAACAAAAAUGUCAGUUGACCCCUUAGCUAUUAUCAUUACAUUGGGUGUUUUCAAAUGCAUACUCAACUAAUAGUAAUGAUAAUGUCCUAAUAGCUCAUCAGAUCGUGAUGGAUAGUGAAUAUAUUGAUAUACACAAAUAAUACAGCUACAUACACAAUGUGCCAUUAAAGAUAGUCUCUCUAACUGCUCUUUUCAGUUCUCAUACAUACAGUACUGUUGAAGUAACUGUACUAUACGACAAAUAGUAAAAAUCAUUAGCAUGCAUCCCAUGAUUUAUUAGAACAGCAACACAGAGGAACACCAUUUCUCAGGGUGACAUGGGUACCUUAUCCCUGGUCAUUUGCAUGUAUGGUGUACAUGAUACCUUAUGUACUGUUAGAUAUCAUAACAGGGAAAUGAAAUAGCCCUGUGUGCAGUAUGUGUACAUGAUAAAUACUGUUUGCUUUGUUUAUUAGCAAUAGAUGGCUCUCUCACUGUUGAUUUGUUUGUCUGAGUGUACAGUGUGUGCAUUCAAUAAUUAUUUGGAUCAAUAAUUUCCCUAUGGUUAUUUGAUUAUUAAAACACCAAUAACAAGAUGGGGAAUAAAAUAUCAUAUUUUUCUUAUUGAAAGUUGAAAUGAACGAAACCAACAAUGGUUAUGUCAGUGACAAGGUGCAGUACCACACACAUCUAUCAUAAAACUGCCUAUAUUUGAGCUUGAGGACAACAUACUGUAGUCCCAACCAUGCAGGGGAAGUUUUUAAACACCACACUACCCAUUUAGCUUUAAUAAUAAAGCUGUAUAUAUUAUUUGGGACAUUUUCUACAAUGAUGCUUGUACCUCAAACCUAUUUCAAUAACAUAUUACUAUAUUUUAAAUUAUUCAACUAAUGUACAAUAUGAGAAAGUAGGCUUAAUUUACAGUACGAUACUUGUACUGCUAGUUCCGACCGUGCAGCAAUAUUAACAAAUAAUCUAACAAUUACACAACAACUACCUACUAUAUUUGUAUGUUUAAAUGAAUGUACAAUGUGUGAGAAAGCAGGCUUGAUUUACAGUAAGAUACAUUUAUUAAUCUUUAUGGUUUAUUGUGGUUCCAAGCAUUUUUGUUAUUUGUGAAUCCACUAUAAUGAUCAUCACAUAUAAAUACAUAUAUAAAUACAUCUAAAUAUCUCAUCACACAUGAUGUAUUUUGCAGCAAAAACAGAAGUGUCUGUAUGCUUAAGAAUUGUUUAUUUAAUGUCAAAUGUACUGUACAUGAUUUAGUGCCAUAUCUACUCCCAAACCAAACAUUCCAGUUUAUCUACUACCAAACCAAUCAUAGAGUUAUGUAAGAACACAGGGGAAGGCACAGCGUGGGUAAUGCUAUACUCCAACAUCAAAGGCCCUCUCGGUCAACACUCUCAAUACACUUAGUCAUUCCUUUAUACUCAUAUGAAUCCAUUGGUUCCUAUGAUGUCAAUGUGGGCUUUUCAUUGAAGUUUUAUCAUUCUGACCUGUAUACUGCUACUGUACAUACUGCACAUGAUUAUUGUCAUAAAUUGUCAUAAUGAAUUGUAGACUCGUCUGUUUACAAUACAACUAUUUGUUUUGAAAUAAUUGCACUUUUAUGGAAGAAUUUACAUUUUGAUGCCAAUAAAUUAUAUUUGCUGUAA